AUGGCUCAUUUUGGGUCAGGUCAAAGGUCCCAGGAUAUUCUAGCUUGUGGAUUAUGUGAAGUAGAAACAAAAAUAAAAGUGAAAUGUAUGAACUGUGAUCUAUAUAUGUGCCAAAAAUGUACAGAUAAAAUACAUGCAAAGUUCAAGAAUGCUGAUCUCCAUGACAUUGUUGAUUUGAAGGACAUUCAUUCUCAUAUUGAUGAAACUAAAGCAAAUUCUGAAUUCAAACCAGUAAAAUGUAAAGAUCAUAGAAAACAACUGUGCUGCAUGUACUGCUUAACGUGUGAACUAUUAGUUUGCCCAAUGUGCAUAGCAAAAACUCAUCAACUUCAUUUAAUGGAAGACAUACAAACUGUUUGUCAAAAGAAAGUUGAAGAAAUGAAAAUACUUCAAGAUCAAGCUAAAUCUAAGAUAGAAAAAUUAAUAGAAAAUGUAAAUUUAAUGGGAGAAAUUGAGAAAGCAAAAUCACAUGAAAUAGAGCAAAAUAUAUUAAUGGAGGAAAAACAAGCAAGGGAAGUUCAGUCAAAAUGUUUGAGGUUACUUAAAGAACAUAAAGAUAAGACAGAAAGACAAUCUGAACUGAUGUCAUCGAAAGAAUUUGAAAUUCUAGAAGAUAAAAAAGAUAUCAAAACAGUUAUACAACAAGUAGAAAAUAAAUACGAAUCACGAAAUACAGAAGAAUUUCUUGAAGCUAUACGAAAUAUGCAUUCAAAAUUAGAGUCGAUUAAGACAACAAGUUCAAAAUCGUUUGAUAUGAAAAUACUACAUUAUGUUCCUAAUUAUAAAAUCCAGACCAAUUCUAAAUCAAUUGAAAUUGAAAUUCAUUUUGAAACAAAAGCAAAAUAUGAACUAAACAUGUUAGACGUAUUGAAAAUAAAUAGUAUCACAAGUGACAAGGAUGGUAACAUCUGGAUCACAGAUGGAGUUAGAAAAAUUCAACAACUGCAGGUGAAAGAAGGAGUUAAAGUCAUUAAAGCACUAACAACUGGCCCUGGCUUCACUGAAAUCAGAUGUUGGAAUAAAGGCAUUCUCUUUACAUCUGAUGAUUAUUCAAAAAUCAUUCAUUUGGCCUCUAACGAUAAAUUGAAAGUUUUCAAAAAUCUUUCUCCUAGCUUGCCUUUUGCGCUCUCUGUUUCAGAAAAUGACGUUAUUGUAGGAAUGAACUGUGUCUCUGUAAAAGACAAAACAGACAUACCCGUCAUCAUUAGAUUGGGAUUUAAUGGGAAAAUUAUACAGAUCUAUAAAAAUCAUGGUAGACAACUACUUACAAGAGAUGUUGUACGAUGCUGUACAACAACCAAUGAUGGUGCUAUCUGCUACAUUGAUAGUAUUAACAGUAAAGGCUAUUUAGGAGAUGUAGUAUUCAUCAGUCGAGAUGCAAUUAUUCAAUGGAAAUACAGUGGAAACUCCUUAAUUAAUUCAAAUAAACAUCCUUUUACUCCUAUUGAAGUUGUGACAACAGGGUCUUAUAAUUUCAUAGUUUCUGACGAGAACCAGCAUGCUCUCCAUUUCCUCAGUACAAAGGGGGGAUUACUGACAAUCUUAGACUUAACAAUGAUUGGAGUGGGAGAUCCAGGGGUUAUGACAAUUGAUAACAAUGGGACUUUAUGGAUAAGUAGCGAGGAACUAAACAAAACAAUACUCAGCCCUGUGAAAUUCUUUGGAUUCUGACAGAAAUGUCAGGUUUUACAUAUCCUGAUAACAAAGUUGACAGUAUCAUUUUAUGAAGAACUUUUCUAUUUUUGAAGAGUGAAGUAAUUGCAACUGCUAGUAAUAUAAAACAGAUUUUGUUAUAUAAAAAAAUUACUUGUAAAAACUUUAUUACCGGUAAUUGUUACUGUUAGGCAAAUGGAUGAAUGAUAGCAUAACGAUACAAUUAUUGUGCAACGGUUAACAUUAUCUAAACGUUUAUGGUGGAUGAAAUCAAGCUAUCAGUUAAAGGGGCAUUAGCUACGAAUUCGACAAAAAAAUGGAAUAUAUUUUAUUUUGUUUCAAACAUUUAUAAAAGCGGAAUAAAGAAAUUAUAUUUUGCUAUUA